AAAAACUCACAAAAUUAAACAAAGCUUAAAAAAAAAAAAGAGAAAAAUGAGUGAAAUUAGAGCCUCAACUUCCAAAACAAGCACCAACAAAGGUGCCAGUACUAUGACAGGGAAGACAUUCUCCGGAGUAGGAAACCUCGUAAAGCUUCUUCCGACCGGCACUGUCUUCAUGUUCCAGUUUCUCAGUCCAGUUUUAACCAACAGUGGACACUGCACCACCGUCAACAAAUACCUAAGCGGUAUUCUCCUUGUUAUUUGUGGUUUCAACUGUGCUUUCACUUCCUUCACCGACAGUUACACCGGAAGUGAUGGCCAGACACAUUACGGUAUUGUUACCGCGAAAGGUCUCUGGCCAUCUCCGGCGUCGGAGGGUGUUGAUUUGUCGGCGUAUAAGCUUAGGUUUGGAGAUUUCGUGCAUGCUUUUAUGUCGUUGAUUGUGUUUGCUGUGCUGGGGCUACUAGAUACUAAUAUUGUGCGGUGCUUCUACCCGGAGUUUGAGUUGGGCCAGAAGAUGCUGAUGCAGGUUUUACCACCGGUGAUUGGUGUGGUUUCUGGUACGGUGUUCAUGAUAUUUCCAAGUUAUCGACAUGGAAUUGGAUACCCUACUAGUUCUGAUACUAAUGAGACCUCUCAAAAGUCUACAUAGCAUUUAUGUGUUCGUGAUUGUGUAUAUUAUGAUGCAGGGUCAUCUAUAAAAUGGUUCAGUUUCAUGCAAUUAUUUGCUAUUUAUUUUGGUGUUAGAUUGAUUUGUUAAUUCUAGUAUGAUGUUUGUUUGAGUUUGUAUUGUUAAACAUGAAGGUAUGGUACCGAUUUGGAUUUAACUGUCAAAGAGUCAGUCAAAACAAUGAGUCAAUGAGUUACAACUAUGAGUCAAAGAUUUACUUGUGAAAUUAAUUAGUGGGUGAAUAAACGAAAAUUACUUGUGAAA